ACUCAGCAGCAUCCGCGAGACAACCACCAGGGAGGGAGCUAGCUGGCCCGGCGGAGAGAGGGCCUGGGUGUUUGCAGACCGGGUAGAUGGACAGGCGAGAACCGACGUGCGACCCUCUGUCGCUGCAGAAGGAUGCGGUGGUACUAGGGACGUACGAGACCGAUGCAUUCAUACUCUCCUUGCGAAGACGGGACGAAUUCGCCGCAACCCACAGCUUUGGCUACCACCGCAUACCCCACAUAGGUGUGUAUGGCAUGGACUAUAGCCUUGCACUGCCAAUGACUCUGCUCUCUCUUCCACCAACUCCAAGGUAUCUGGAGAAACUGCCUCCGGAGAUCCUGGAUUCCCUGGGGCUGGGGCACCUGAGGGGGUCCUUCACGGGCCCCCCUCCCCCCUCUCCCCGCCAUCUCCUCUCCCAGAGGAUCAUCUCCACCCUCCACUCCCACCACGACCUCCCCUCAGAGCUCCAACUCAGAGAAAUCGCAAGAGAAGUCGUCAAAUAUGCGAUUGGCUCCGCCAUCAGCAGACUGGGUCCUACCAAUCAGUUAGUCAACUCACUACAUGUCCCCAUGACCAACUCUCUCUCUGUACCGUGUAAAGAAAAACGACCACGUGUGGUUAGCAUGGCCUCUGUGGAGUGUGAGGAGGUGGAGGUCACAGCCUCUGCUCACAGACAACUCAAGAGUGUCUCCAUACAGAUCGAGGGUACCGUGAUUGAGGAGGUCGAGUUUGGAGAAUGGACGGAGGAAGAAGAAGAGGAAGACGAAGAGGAGGACGAAGUGGAAUUUGAGGAUGAUGUCCUGGGGAAGACGGCGAAAAAGGUGGUGAAGAAAGCGCUGCACUUGGCUUGCAAACGGUGGGAGUCAAUGAACAGAAGAAGCUCAAUCGAUUACCUCAUUGCCAGCACCAAGAGACUCAAAAUCGCCUCUCCCUCCCCUCCCCCCACACUCCCCGAGGAACAAUACGAGCAAAUAGUUGGACGAGACCUGCCAUCUUCAUGGACUGGAUCCAAGGUUACUAGUCCUUCCCCCGACAGAGGUCGAGGACUGGGGAAGAAACGGAACCGCAGCGAGUCACAUGACGUCAUGAUGAUGAAGGAACUGGAGAGGUUCAGGAGAGCACAGAAUAUGGGUCAGGAGGAGAGGGUCUUUGCUAAGCCGAGGAACACAGCCGGCAGGGGGAAUGGACCCAAACGAGGGGGGCCCCCUCAGCUCCAGCAGCAGGAGUCCCUCGGGGAGCUAAUCUCGGACAUAAACCGACUCUCCAUCCAGAGAAUGGAGUCUGAGUCUGAGGACUGUUACUCCUCGGAGGAUGACUACACCAUCCUGACUGGCGUCACAAAGCCAGCUGGGAGUACCUCUGAUGGGAGUGUACCAACCUCACCCAUGCCACCUCCAAACUCACCCACGUCACUCCAGGUAAUGAGGACGGGAAUCAUUAGGUCUCCGUCUCCGCUACUCCACACCGUCCUCCCGUCUGCCCUGAGAGAGAUCCCUCGCUACUCACCCAGCUCCGAGGAGGAGAAUACAACCUGCACCAGCCCCGAGUUCCAGCAGAGGCUCUCCUCUCACUCCAUGGACGGGGAUUCUCCCACUGCGCUCUCUCUGACUCCACACACACACGACCCCAUCUUUCUUCUUCCCAGAGACACGCCGGUCCCCGAGAUGGACUACUACAUCAUCCUACACACCCACCCUCCCACAGGGCUCUGUCAGAAGUUUCUCUGCCACAACACCAACGAACUCAAUCUCAUAUACCAUUGCUGGCUCUUUCCUGAUGUACCCUUUAAGCCUGAGAUCGUCUGCUCGGAGCAGCUGGAGAUGGGCCUGUUUCAACCACGAGGGGUGGUCCCUAUUCAUCUGGACCUCAGCGAUGCUGGUGUAGCUUUCAACCAACUUCAACCUAGGACCGUGUGUGUACACAGCUGCCAUUUCUCUCCAGAGAACGCGCAGCUGCAGCUGAUGCAAAACCAGCAAGUCCACACCUUCUUCUCCGCAGCCAGGCACAGGUCUCGCCGCGUCGUGGCCCUCCAUCUGGUUCCCGGGGCAGGAGAGGUGGAGGAGGGCCUCAGGAGAGGGCUCGGGAACUGUUCUACACUCAGAGAUCUCCUUCUCCACCUCUCUCGCGUGUCACCAUCCUCAACCGAGAUUGUGAAAGACCUGAUCAUACCCUAACCACCAUCCUUUCUUUCUCUCUUGACUUUUUUCCAGCUAGUCCGUGCUACAAAGAAUUUUGGGCCCACUCCAAUGAAAAUUAUGUAUAUAGAACUACAGUUACUAUAUAUACAGCAUACAAUUGUCACAGGUCUAUAUUAUAUGUACAAAUCAACAAGUUUUUGGUGCAAAAAGUGUCAGUGUUUCCCUCUGACAGGGAAGACGACGAUGUCAUUAUAGAGAGCAAAUUGAUGGGACGACCGCUUGAAGAAGGUGUCGCUGAGGAACCAUAUGAGUGGGUUGGCGGGCAUCUUGUGCUCCUUCUUGUAGACCCUCUCAAACACGUCUUGUGCCUCAGUCAUGGUAACGAUCACUCCUUCCUUGCCCAGGUACCGACUGUAGUAGUCGUUGAUGUGCUCAGGAGUGUAGGGACGACCUUUGAACGAGUUUGCCUCUUUCUGAUCAACUCCAUCUCGCAGCUUCAAGAGCAGCUCGUCCUGCACCUUGAACAGAUCAGGGCGGGUCUUUACAAAAUCUGCGGUAAUCCUUGUCACUUUUAAUCUUGACCCAAACUGCUUUCUAUAGUAGCUCUUGAACUGCACAUCAAGCUCUGCGAUGGGGCAGCCGAAGGUGAACGAUUGUGUGGAUAGGUAAUUGUAGAGAUAUUGGGCCAGGUGGCUGGGUGAGCUGUGCUGUUCGUGCUGCUGCCGAGACUGGAAUUCCUCCUCGGAGAGCCACGACUCCUCGGAACUGUGCCACUCCUCUUCCACCUCCUCGUCCUCCGGCUGGACCGGGAGAGGCGGUGGUGUUGAGCCUGGCAGCCGCAGAGUGGGUGUGGUUUGCACAGCAGGCCCUCCAGUGGAUUGUGUUUGAGGGCCCAAUGAUGCAACUCCACCCAUUACUCUCAUCACCUGGUACUUCAGAGGGUGGGGGUGGGGGUGGGCUAGCGGCACCAUCGCUGGGUGUUGGAUUGUGGGUGGAGCGGUGCCUGUUGUGGUGAAGGUGAUGGCAGCCAUUGCAGCAGGUACAACUGCAGGAAGAACUAUGUCCGGGCCCACUGCUCCCAUCGCCUGACCCAGGGAGGGCUGAGACUGUGACGUGUCAGAGAGGGGGGACUGGUCUCUCGUGGGGG